AUGAAUCGGACCACGCUAGUGGCAGAGGGUUUUGAAAACGCCGUCGAUACGCACCAGUUCAAAGACAAGCAGUUGUGUGGCACACCUGAAUACAUUGCCCCCGAAGUGAUCCUUCGCCAGGGUUACGGCAAACCUGUGGACUGGUGGGCUCUAGGUGUCAUUCUGUACGAAUUCCUUGUUGGAUGUGUGCCUUUCUUCGGUGAUACACCUGAAGACCUUUUCUCGAAGGUGAUAUCAGAAGAAGUUGAAUAUCCCGACGGUGAGGAAGCUUUGCCUGCCGAAGCUGAGGACCUGAUAAGACGGCUAUUGGAGAAAAAUCCUGUUGAACGUCUUGGAGCGCUGGUUGGUGCAACCCAGCUGAUGGUACAUCCAUUCUUCGCCAACCUGGAUUUCAAUACUCUGCUUCGACAGAAGGCCGAAUUUGUACCACAGCUGGAACAUGACGAGGACACUAGCUACUUUGACAGUAAGUUUCUUUCAGUGAAAAAUUGA